UGCCAUGAAGUGAUAUAUUCUUCUACAUGCUGUAUAUGUAGAUCACUUUUGUCUCCAUUAUUUUAUUCAUUUCAAUUCCCUCCCACUUUUCUUUCCUUCUCUCUCUCUCCCUCUCCUGAUUGCACACACAAAACAAUAGCUUAACUAACUACUAUACUGCUGUGCCACAAUUCCGAUGCAUAAUCCCCACAGCCAAUAAUCCUAGCUACUAGUUUUUCAUUAUAUAUAUAUAUAUUUUUAUUUAUUUAACCCCAAUUUUAUUAAAUUAAAAACUAGCGAGCGACUAGAAAGAAAAACUAUAAACCACAGUUAAUAAUAAUAAUAAUCUUAGUGAUCAUAUAUAUAUAUAUAUAUAUAUGUAUGGCAUAUCAUCCUAACCAUAUUAAUCCUCAAGGCAUGUCGCUACAACAACAUUUUUCGGAAACCGACAACAAUUCGGUGCUCCAAACAAUCCUACCCGAACAUCUUACCUCUCCUACUCGUCCCACUGCAAAAGACCACUGGCUUAACAGUGCUAUUCUUAGACAACAAGGCAGCCGGUUUGGUGACGGUUCUAGUAAUAGUAAUAAUAAUAAUAAUACUAAUAAUAAUCAAUGGCUUUCCAGAUCUAUAUUACAAAGGAAUAUUAGUGAUAUUUCACAAGUCACUAGUAAUAAUAAUGAUUCAUCAGUCAAUAAUCAUAUUGUUGCUCCUGCUAGUCAUCAGGUGGAAAAUAGUAAUUUGAUUCCAGGAGGAGGAGGAGGAGGAGGAGAAAGUGAUGAUGUGAUAAGUUGGCAAAAUGCUAAGCAAAAGGCAGAGUUAUUGUCACAUCCGUUGUACGAACAAUUGUUAGCUGCUCACGUGGCAUGUUUACGUAUCGCUACACCAGUUGAUCAGCUGCCUAGAAUUGAUGCACAGCUUGCACAAUCACAAAAUGUUGUUUCUAAGUAUUCGGGUCUUGGAGGACAUACUGAUAUUGAUCAUCACGAUGAUAAGGAGCUUGAUCAGUUUAUGACACAAUAUGUUUUGUUGCUUUGUUCUUUUAAAGAACAAUUACAGCAACACGUUCGAGUUCAUGCAAUGGAAGCGGUUAUGGCCUGUUGGGAGAUUGAGCAGUCCCUACAAAGCUUAACAGGAGUUUCACCUGGAGAAGGCACAGGUGCAACGAUGUCUGAUGAUGAUGAAGAUCCGGUAGAUAGUGACAUCAAUAUGUUUGAUGGAAGUCUUGAUGGACAUGACAACAUGGGUUUCGGCCCUCUUGUCCCUACAGAGAGUGAGAGGUCGUUGAUGGAGCGUGUAAGGCAGGAGCUGAAACAUGAACUCAAACAGGGUUAUAAAGAGAAGAUUGUGGACAUACGAGAGGAAAUUUUACGUAAGAGGAGAGCGGGGAAACUACCUGGGGAUACCACUUCUGUUCUAAAAUCUUGGUGGCAAUCACACGCCAAAUGGCCAUACCCAACUGAAGAAGACAAAGCACGAUUGGUUCAGGAAACGGGCCUACAAUUGAAGCAGAUAAACAAUUGGUUUAUCAAUCAGAGGAAGCGCAACUGGCAUAGUAAUCCUUCCUCUUCUACUGUCUUGAAGAGCAAACGCAAAAGAAGCAAUGCAGGUGAACGUGACGGAAAUCAUGUCAUGUAGACUUCACAGACGAUUCCAUCUAUGAUUUGUCACAAGAAUAUACCAGAUAUCUGUCCAUGUAAUCUACAAGCAUGCAGCACACGAAGGUAACCACGGUCAAGUCUUCAUCUUCAUACCAUAGUGAAAAAGCGUGCGCAUCAACAUUUGAGAACAAGAUGAAAAUGGAGAGUUCCAAUGAUCAUGUUUAUUAAGGUAUACGUUAAAAAGAUAAUAUGAUCAAUACUGUAAUUAGGAUACUAUUUAGUUCGUUGUAGUUUAUUCAUCUGUCCUGUUAGUCUACUUCAUUCAAUAUAUUGUGCAUAGGAUAGGGGGAUUAGAAAUUACAAGGUGUAUAUCGUAAAAUUUAUUGUUUCAUUUUAGCAGUUAAUUACUCGUAAUAUAUAUGGAUCUGGAUGAAUAUGGCAGAUACAAUAAUACUGUUUUUAUGUUCUUGA